AUGUCGAAGGAUUAUUUAGAUGAGACGGAGUUUUCACCUAGUGAUACUGGCUACAGUUCACUAGGUAACUUCUCUCAAUCAGAAGCUGACACAACUAGAGAUCAAUAUGAAAGUAUUAGUUCCAGUAUUUUUGAUUUGGAGGACGAUUCACCCGUUAAUUUAUACUGUUACGGAUUACCAACAGAAUUACCAUACGCCCAUAAGGAAAUUAUCUACUUACGGAAAAAAUUAGGCAAUUAUGAAACAACCAUAGUUGAUUUCAAACGAAAGUUACAAGUACUUUCGUUAGAAAAUGAAUGUAUAAAAAAUCGUAACUAUCAGCUUGAAAAAGAUAAUAAAAAUUUUAAAAUCGAUUUAAAAACGUAUGAAGUUGAGCUAAAUUUAAAAAAAGCAGCGAUUACUAGUUUAAAAGAAGACAUUAUUCAACAGAAUUUUGCGAUAAGUUUAUCAAAUAAUUCGAAAGAAACUCAAUCUGAAAUAUCAAAUGAUUCAAAAUCAACUCAAGCUGGGAUAAGAUUAUCAAAUAUUUCAAAAGAAACUCAAUCAGAAAUAUCAAAUGGCACAAAAUCAACUCAAGCUCAAAUAAAAUUAUCGAAUAUUUCAAAAGAAACUCAAUAUGAAACAUCGAAUGGUACAAAAUCAACCCAAGCUGACUUAAAAUUAUCAAAUAUUUCAAAAGAAACUCAAUAUGAAACAUCGAAUGGUACAAAAUCAACCCAAGCUGAAAUUAGAUUAUCAAAUAUUUCAAAAGAAACUCAAUCUGAAAUAUCAAAUGGUACAAAAUCAACUCAAGCUGAAAUAAAAUUAUCAAAUAUUUCAAAAGAAACUCAAUCUGAAACAUCAAAUGCUAUAAUGUAUCAGCGAAUAAUUAAAUUACUACAAAAAUCAAAUAAAACAUUAAAAGAUAAUGAACAAAUUAUUAUUCAUAAAUCAAAAUCCUUAGAGCAAGAAUUAUUAAAAUAUGAACGACGAUUCGUUGAAAUUGCUAACUUUAUAAUGACCUUAAAAAAACGUUAUGAAAUCAAGGAUUCAUUACCAUAUUGGACAGAUAAGUCGAAACCGGAAAUUUUGGAUCAGAUUAUAUUUGAUAAAUUCGAAGAUAUAUUAUUGGGUCUAUUUCAAAAUAUAUUACAGAAAAUUGUUGAUCUCCGGAAAUAUAUUAAGAUAUUACGGAUUGAAAUUAAUUCAAUUAGAGAUGAUAAAAUCUCACAUCAGCAAUAUGGUUUACAUUUGAAAGCCGCUUUAGAAAAUGUUCUAGUGCAUAAUAGAACUUUGGUUGAUCGUGUAUUAAAAGAUCUCGAAAACAAAAAUUACUUGUACUUAAACAUGAUUGAAGUAUUAAAAUUAAAUAACGACGAAAUGUCCGCCAGCGUUAUAAAUAAAUUUAUAAAUCAUCAUAAUAUUUCUAUAGAAAACUUGAAAAGUACAAUUGAUGAAAUCAAAAUGAAUUUAGAAACAAUUCAAUCGAAAUUAAAAACAAAAUGUUGCUAA